AUGAAUAGCAUUAUUUCUAUAAGUGGUUGUGGUACCUGCUGUAAAAGGUUUCACAUGGUCUGUCUUUUCAGGAAACAACUAGAGGGAAUACUCGAAAAUCUCAAAGAGAAGCCAGAUGUUGGAACUUUGUUGCUGGCACUACAACGAACUUUAGAAUUUGAGGACGAAUUAGCAGAAAAAUUUGGAGGCCGCUGUACUAGUAGAGAGAUUGGGAAUGAGAUAGAAGAAAUUGGCAGGGACAGUAAUAGUCAAACUGUAUCAGAUAUUCGAAAAAAGUACGAAAAAAAGCUUGCAGCUAAUCAAGGAGAGCCUGAAGUGCACAUUUCAAGUAAAUAUGCUGGUGCACAUUUCAAGUGCACCAGCAGGUGCACAAGUGCACCAGCAGGUGCACUUCAAAGUGCCAGAGCAAAUGCACAACCUAACGAACCUGGUUUUACUGCCCCGCCACCUUCCCCUCCAGUAGAAGAUACUGCCAUUGAUAUCAGCAUAUUAAUUGUAGUUAAUAUGACUGCUGAACGAAGUUGGAUGUAUGCUCGUCUCAUAGACGGUUUACUAAAUCCCAGAUAUUUAGAGGGUAUCAAUGAAUUUCUAGAGAAAGCUAAGACCUGCACAGAAUAUUUAAAUGGCGAUCAGAUCCGCUGUCCUUGUAAUCGAUUUAAGUGCCAGAACCGUAGCUUUCAAGAUGAAAAUACAGUUAAAUAUCAUUUAAUGAAGCAUGGUUUUGUUCAAAAUUACCUUGUUUGGUAUUUGCACGGUGAAACUGAAGUGCAUGACGGAUAUGGUGAUACAGAUUUAGACAUGUCUUAUGGUUCUGACAGUGUUAAUCACCCAAAUUUCAAUCGUUUUGAGGACAUGGUCAUGGAUGCAACAAGCUGUCAUGUAAUGCAUAAUGAUACAUAUGAGAUGCCAAACUCGGCUGCACAGAAACUGUAUGAUAUGUUAAAUGCAUCUAAGCAACAACUAUGGCCUGGCUGUGAAACUCACUCCCAGUUAUCAGCUGUUUCACGUUUAUUAAAUCUGAAGGCGGAACAUCAUUUCUCAGAACAGUGUUUUGAUCAGAUUUGUGAACUCAUGAAGGAGAUGUUACCGAGUGACAAUGUCAUGACGGACAGCUUUUACUCAACAAAGAGACUAGUCCGAGGAUUGGGGCUUCCUGUACAAAAGAUACACUGUUGUGCAAAUGGUUGUAUGAUUUUUUGGGAAAAUGAUAAAGAACUUACACGAUGCAAAUUUUGUGACCAUGGAAGGUUCAAACGCCUGAAGCACAACUUGGGGAAAGGGAAGAGUCAAAUACCAUACAAAAAGAUGUAUUACUUCCCCAUUACACCACGUUUGCAAAGACUUUAUGCGUCAUGUGUUACAGCUAAGUAUAUGACUUGGCACAAUGACCAUGCAACUGAGAAUGGGGUGAUGCGCCACUGUUCAGAUGCUCCUGCUUGGAAGCAUUUCAACCAAACUCAUCCAACCUUCGCACUGGAGGCCCGAAAUGUCAGACUUGGCCUUUGCACUGAUGGAUUUCAACCAUUCGGUCAAUCUGGGCAACAGUAUUCUUCAUGGCCAGUAAUACUAACUCCAUACAAUUUGCCACCAGGUAUGUGUAUGAAAGAUGAGUACAUGUUCCUGACAAUUAUAAUACCUGGUCCCAAGAAUCCGAAAGAGAAGCUUGAUGUGUACAUGCAGCCAUUAGUGCAAGAAUUGAAAGAACUUUGGGCAACUGGUGUUAAUACUUACGAUGCUUUCCAACAGAACAAUUUUACUAUGCGUGCUGCAUUAAUUUGGACUAUAAGUGACUUCCCUGCUUAUUCAAUGCUCUCAGGGUGGAGCACUGCAGGACGCACUGCAUGUCCCUACUGUAUGGAAAACACAGAUGCAUUUACAUUACGAAAGGGGGGUAAACAAACAUGGUUUGACAGUCAUCGGAAGUUCUUGCCUGACGACCACCCUUUCCGUCGAAACAAGACAUCUUUUAUUAAAAACAAAUGUGUAUCGAAGUCACCACCGCCAAUUAGAACUGGGGAAUACUUGCUAAAAGAAAUUGAGCAAAUUGGGUUGAGGCGGGUUAUAGACAUUGACAGUCAUGAAAUAAAUUGUCGGCUUUCAAAGAUAACUGGUUGGCGUAAGCGGAGCAUAUUAUGGGAUUUGCCAUAUUGGUCUUCAAAUUUGAUUCGCCACAAUCUUGAUGUCAUGCACAUUGAAAAGAAUGUAUUUGAAAAUAUUUUUAAUACAGUUAUGAAUGUGGAGGGGAAGACAAAAGACAAUAUCAAAUCAAGGGAAGAUUUAAAUGAAAUAUGCAGGAGUCCAGAAUUGAAGAAAGAUCCAAUUAGCGGGAAAUAUCCAAAAGCAUGUUAUUGUUUGGAUAACCAAUCGAAGGUGAUACUGUGUGAUUGGCUUAAAACACUCAAAUUCCCUGACGGAUUUGUUUCCAAUCUAGGGAGAUGUGUUGAUAGUCGGAAGCUUAGACUUUUUGGUAUGAAAAGCCACGACUGUCAUGUUUUCAUGCAACGAAUUCUUCCUAUAGCUCUCAGAGAGUUCUUACCAAAUAAUGUUUGGCAACCAAUAACAGAGCUUAGCAAUUUCUUUAGAGAACUCACCUCAACUACACUUACUAAUUAG